AUGCUCCCCAACUAUGCCUUUAGUUUUGAAACACCCACUCAACUUCCCAUUCUCACUCUGGAGUUGGCUAUAACUUCUGAUGAGGCUUUGAGCUUGGAUGAGUUACCCAAGCAUGUUGUCAUACUUGGUGGAGGGUACAUUGCUGUUGAGUUUGCUUCUAUAUGGCGUGGAAUGGGUGCCACAGUGGAUCUAUGCUUCAGAAAGGAACUUCCAUUGAGGUUAUAA